CUCGACAGCCUGUGUAGCAGUGACUGACUAACGUAUCGUCUCUCAACUCAGCCUCCAGCUCCAGAAACUCAAUGUAGGAGACGCAGGUGGUGCUGUGGAUCAGAUGAGCCAGAUGCUCCCUAGAAGAAUGGCAGCUUAUUUGCAACUUGGAUUCCUUAACAUCCUGAUGUUUCUGCGAAUAUCAAAGGGACAUGACUAUAUAAAUGGAACAAGCCAGUUCUGCUGCACGGUAGAUUACAUCUCUGAGAUGACGUGUGACUGGGUGGAACGAGCGGCCGUUACCGGGGAUCAGUGCAUGGUGCAAGCAGAAGACAAUAUGUUUGCCAAUAAAUGCGAAGCACAAAGUGUACUCGAUGCUGUGCUCAGAGGCUCAAGCAGAAGCUGCAGUCUUUCCUUCAGCUUUUUCACCAUUGCCCAGUCCUUCAAUGUGACUCUGUGGUGUCACAAGAACGGCCACAAAUCUCUCAACGGAAUGAUUGAGAUGUUUGAACCAAGCUCGAACAUUAAGAUUCCCCGUCCAGACAUCGUGGCCAACAUGUCCACCAAUGACUGCCAGUUCUCCUGGACUGUCCCCAAAACCAUAACCGACUAUAUGGCGUUGAAAAGUGAACUGAGAUACAAGCCCAAGGACGGGCUUUGGAAAGAUUCUGAACUUCUUUUAAUUGAAAGUGUUUUAAGAACCUCAAUCGAUCUGAAGCACCUGAAGCCCAGCCAGGUGUACGUAGCCCAGAUCAGAGUUAAAACCCUGGAGGGGAGAGGGAUCGUCUACCGCAGUGUGUGGAGCCAGUGGAGCCUGGAGGUGGAAUGGGAGACUCCAGGAAGCACCAUUAAUGAUGGAAACCAGAUGGCGGUAUGGGGGGUCCUGUCGCUGAUCAGCAUUGUGGUCACCAUGAUUCUGGUGUUCGUCAACCGAUACAUGAUGCCCAAACGAUUGAAGAAGCUGAAAUGGUUUUCCGUCCCAGAUCCCGGCAAAUUCUUUUAUGACCUAAACUCAAUACAUGGCGGUAAUUUUCAGAAGUGGCUGGGAGGGAGGCUGACAGCCUCAUUCUACACGGCUGAGGAGCUGGGAACAGAAAUUUCUCCGGUCGAGAUCUCCAGCAUCAAAGACUCGGAAUCGUUCAUCAAGAAGGAUUACAUCUCUGACGGCAGCAGCUCCUGGAGCGCAGGAACCUCCUCCCUGUCUAGCUUUGCCAACCAGGGCUACUUCUGGUUCAGCUACCCAAACUGCGUGGAGAUGGAGCCCUGCAAAGUCUACUUCAGCUACGGGCAGAGCGGGGCUGAGUCAGGGAGUGAGGAGAGUGGGUCGUACCAGUGCCUGACCACCUCCAACGACUCUCUGUAUGAAGAUUUGGAUGUGGAGCCCACCUCCCCGGGCAGCGAGUGUGGGGGCCGGGGGAGGCUGGGGUUUGACCGUGUGAUGGAGGAGGUUUUAGCCUCGGCUACUCUCACAACAUCGGCAGCUGAGGUGGGACACGUGGGGCAGCUGCUUGGAAACGUUCCACACAACGGCCGAGCCUGUGACCUCCUCCCCCCCAAGCCCCAGAUUGCCUUCUUCCAAUUCCCACAUUACUCUCUGGGGUCCCGCGCCUUCCCACACACCAUGCUCCUCAACGAGGAGCUGGAGGAGGAGGAAGAGGGGGAGGAGGAUGAGGGCAGGCAGGGCUGCAAGGGGCUGAGCUUCGGUGACCAGGCCGUCUCCCAGUGCUCCGGGGUGUUCAGGCAGGAAGCCGGCAACAUCCUGAAGGCUGCAUCACUGAACCUGGGCAGAUCCUGUGACGCUUAUCUCUCCCUGAAGGAGGUUCAGAGCACGUACAGUAACAAGUCCAUAUAGACAAGGAAGGUCCCAUAUGGGGACUCGCUGUGUUUGGCAUCAGGUGAGGAGUUGUUGCCUUGAGUCUCGCAUCUGAUAUCUGUUCAUACAAAGCGCCUGGAAGCUAAAUGUGCCCUGGAAACGAACUCAGUGUAAUCUCACUGAACACGGGAGAGGGAAGAAUUUUAACAGAUGGCUUUUAGUUGUCACAUCUAGUUUAGAGAUAUUUUUACCUCUCCAUUCAUUGUAAUAGUUAGUUUUGUUUUGACAUCUACUUCUCUUGUAAUUAAAAGUUACUCAUAUUCGCCAAGCUUCCUGGGGU